CUCUUCUUCUUCUUCUUCUUCUUCUUCUUCUUCUUCUUCUUCUUCCCCCCAAUACACUUGUUCUUCCUACUCUCUAAUGCCCUCCCUCCUUCUUGCCUAGCCGCCAUACAUGAUGGAGUUUGGAGGCGGAGGAGGGUCAGGCUCCCCUGGGGACCACGAUGCUUCCGACCCACAGAGGAGGAAGAAGCGAUACCACCGCCAUACUGCUAACCAGAUUCAACGCCUUGAAUCAUUGUUCAAGGAGUGUCCGCACCCAGAUGAGAAGCAGAGGUUGCAAUUGAGUAGGGAGUUGGGAUUGGCACCACGCCAGAUCAAGUUUUGGUUUCAAAACAGAAGGACCCAGAUGAAGGCACAACAUGAGAGAGCCGAUAACUGUGCUCUUCGGGCGGAGAACGAUAAGAUCCGGUGUGAGAAUAUAGCCAUCAGAGAAGCACUCAAGAACGUAAUCUGUCCCUCUUGCGGUGGCCCUCCGGUCACUGAGGAUUCCUAUUUCGAUGAACAGAAAUUGCGGAUGGAGAAUGCUCAACUCAAAGAAGAGCUUGAUAGAGUUUCAAGCAUCGCUGCCAAGUACAUAGGGAGGCCGAUUUCCCAACUCCCACCUGUUCAACCCAUUCAUAUUUCUUCACUGGAUUUAACGAUGGGCAGUUUUGGUGGGCAAGGAAUUGGUGGUCCAUCCCUUGAUCUUGAUCUUCUUCCAGGAAGCUCGUCAACAAUGCCCAAUUUGCCAUACCCACCAAUAGUUAUUUCCGACAUGGAUAAGUCCCUUAUGACACAAGUUGCUGCAAAUGCAAUGGAAGAAUUGCUCAGGCUCCUGCAGACUAAUGAACCUUUUUGGAUGAAGUCUAGAGAAGAUGGGAGAGAUGUUCUUGAUCUCGAAAGCUAUGAAAGGAUUUUUCCAAGGCCUAAUAGCCAUCUAAAAUCUCCCAAUAUUCGUGUUGAAGCCUCCCGGUACUCAGGAGUUGUCAUCAUGAAUGGUUUAGCACUGGUUGACAUGUUUAUGGACUCUAACAAAUGGGUGGAGUUGUUUCCCACAAUCGUGUCAAUGGGAAAAACAAUUGAAGUAAUUUCAUCUGGAAUGCGGGGCAGUCAUAGUGGUUCAUUGCAAUUGAUGUAUGAAGAAUUGCAGGUGCUUUCGCCGCUGGUGGCUACAAGGGAAUUUUAUAUCCUCCGUUACUGUCAGCAAAUUGAGCCAGGCUUGUGGGCAAUAGUGAAUGUUUCCUAUGAAUUCCCCGAGUUUGCUUCUCAAUGUCGAUCUCAUAGGCUUCCUUCAGGAUGUUUGAUUCAGGACAUGCCUAAUGGGUACUCCAAGGUUACUUGGGUGGAGCAUGUGGAGAUAGAGGAUAAAAGUCCAACUCAUAGGCUCUAUAGAGAUCUCAUUCACAGUGGAUUGGCAUUUGGGGCAGAACGAUGGCUUUCUACUCUUCAGAGAAUGUGUGAAAGAUUUGCUUGUUUGAUGGUCUCAGGCACUUCAACGCGGGAUCUUGGAGGAGUAAUUCCAACGGCUGAUGGCAAGAGAAGCAUGAUGAAACUUGCCCAGAGAAUGGUCAACAACUUCUGCACCAGCAUAAGCACAUCCAACAGCCAUCGAUGGACAACACUUUCUGGCAUGAAUGAAGUUGGAGUCCGAGUCACUGUCCAUAAGAGUUCUGAUCCUGGUCAACCCAAUGGUGUAGUUCUUAGUGCAGCUACUACCUUCUGGCUUCCUGUCUCUCCCCAGAAUGUCUUCAAUUUCUUCAAGGAUGAGAGAACUCGACCUCAGUGGGACGUUCUAUCCAACGGCAAUGCAGUGCAAGAGGUUGCCCAUAUUGCUAAUGGGUCACAUCCUGGCAAUUGCAUAUCUGUUAUUCGUGCCUUUAAUACUAGCCAGAACAACAUGUUAAUACUUCAAGAAAGUUGCAUAGACAGUUCUGGAUCACUGGUGGUUUAUUGCCCAGUUGACUUGCCUGCCAUCAACUUAGCUAUGAGUGGAGAAGAUCCUUCCUACAUUCCGCUUCUGCCAUCAGGAUUCACAAUAUCACCUGAUGGGCGUCUGGACCAAGGAGAUGGGGCAUCUUCAAGCUCUAGUGCACAUGUUAACAUGGGUAGAUCUGGUGGUUCACUAAUUACGGUAGCUUUUCAGAUACUAGUGAGCAGCUUGCCUUCCGCCAAGCUGAACUUGGAGUCGGUGACAACUGUUAAUAACCUUAUCGGCACCACUGUCCAGCAAAUUAAGAGCGCUUUGAAUUGUCCUAGUUCCUGAUGAUCAUCUGCUACAGAAACUCCUGCAACGCAACUGUUCUUGCCUUCUCUCUCCACCAUCUUUAAGAGAAAUUCAGAGCCUCUUGGUGCUGUUGGUAUUUGAAUGCAAGAGGAGUAUUGGGGUUAGUUGGGACUUUGAAUGCUUUCUGAUCAAGAGUUGAAGCUGCUUAUUAACUGCGUUCUGCUGUUGCGACUGCUGCUGGUUGAUGAUUUACUUUCAUAACAAUCUACACCAACUAAUGUUUUUCUUCUUUGGUUUUUAGCAAUUUACAAGGCCAUUUAUUUAGCUUGGAAGAGUGAACAGUGCUAAAAGGGGGAGUCAAGAACGCACCAUACGUGUCCAUCCUGCUGCUUUUCCUUCUAAUCUGCAAGAGGACAGCAAGAAAAACUGUAUGGUUCGGGCAUUGACUUCAUUUAUCUCGUAUUUAUUUACUGCUGCUUUCCCUUUCUCUUUCUCUCUCUCAAACAAUGCAAAAGGGUGUUAGGCUUUGAAAGCUUGGUAUAAAUGGUGUUGUGGUCCACCACUCUAGAGUCUAGAGAGUGGGCUUUUCAUUUCACUUAGUCUUUUGGUAGUAAUAAGAAAACAAUGAAUAUUUGAUAUAUUUGAUAUGAGAAUUAAGGAGAUUGAUUGCA